AUGGAUCAUCUUCCUUCCGUGGCACAGGUUUCUACCGUGAAGGAACUUUUCAAACCAAGCCAGAGCUACCUACGCGGUUUGGUGCCUAUGGUGACGACGUUGCCUGGAAGCUAUGCAGACAUCGUUCGAACGCAAAGAUACCAAAUCAUGCCCACAGAAUUUGUUGGCACAUUAUCCGCCCGUGGGCGGCAUAGCACGAGCCGGUUACAGGUAUCAUUGUCACUAAAGUAUAUGGUGACUACCUCAUUACCCUAUCUGGAUGUUGAAAGCGGUGUCCUUCAGAAUGGAAUAUGCUGCAGUGGCUGCGAUGCUUUCUUGCGAAAGGAUCACCCGGAGAUAUCACCAAACCCUUCGUUGGAGGAUCUCUGGACUUUGCGAGACAAAGUGUACUCCUAUGAUGAAUUCAUGGAACACUUUCGGGGAUGUCGAGAGGCUCAAAGUUUAUGGAAGUUGAACAAUCAAGGGAUUGAUGUCUCUGAAAUCUCAGGAUUCUUCGAACCUGGAGGCGGAGAGAUCAGACUUCCUUCCAAUUGA